GCCAUGACCAGCGUGGCCAGGCCAUAGGUGAGCGCAUCGACGCCAGAUCGCGGUUCCGCAUGUGUACUGCUGUCUGGCCACACAAUAUCGAAACGAGAAUAGAUAUGGGGAGUCGUCAGGCGGUGAAGAGCGCUAUGACAGAGCGCGAGCGAGGUGAGAUCGUUCGUAUGCGUGACUUCCUUGAUUAUAUCCUUAAGUAUGUCCACAGGGAGAUCCAACAGCCGCAGAGGCUUCUUCUUCUCCUUCUCAAUCGCUACAGCCUCCUUGCCUUUGCCUUUGAACAUGCGACUGGAUCGCAACCGGUGACUUGCCAGAUCCGAUUCAUGGCAAUCUUCAUGAAAACGUGUACCGAUGCUCUUCACGUCCUUCAUACCGAGUUCUGGGGAGGCACUGCCUGCGCCGAGCGGAGAUGUGGUCGCACUUGCUUUGGGUAUUUGCGAGGCGGAAUUGGGGAAAUGGCCAUGGCGCGAGUCGUCUUCAUACCCGGGUGUCGACACUUCGGAUGUGCUGGACGGACCUGCUACCGCCGCCGCGGCGGAAGCUGCUAUUGCCUCCAUGCGAUUGCGGCAGACAAGUCCGUAUGUGCGAAGCUGACUCGGCUGCCAGCCUCUGAAGAGGUCUCGGUCCUGCUAUUGCUGUUCGCUGUUCGCUGUUCGAUUUUCGCUGUCCGUCCUGGCCCUGGCCCUGGCCUGCCCUGCGCUGCAUGAAAGAAAAUCAAUGGUGGCUCCUUGAAAUGUGGGAGUUACUGCUAGGGGGGAGUGUAUCGGUCACUUCGAGCGGCGGGGAGUUGAAGGUG